AUUUAGAUUUGGUGAAAUAAAAGUGAAACUGAUAUGUAUCUUUGAAAUUCAAUAUAUUUUUAACAAAACAACCAAUAAGGCUCGUGCCUAUCAACUAUUGGUUUUAUUUCUCGUACACUAUAACCAGUGGUAUGUAAUGUUUUCUGUGAUAAUAAAGUGACGGAUGGUGUUUAAGAAGCGAGUGAGAUCUUAAUUCAGAUAAUCUGACGCUUACAAUAUAGGGAAACAUUGGACAUAAAGUGCUGAUAAUUAACUUUCUGACUUGAAUUAAGAAAAUGAAUAAUGAUUGUUAAUUUUGAAUGAUAUUAAUAAAUUAUUUUUUCAUUUCUAUGCUUCAAUUAGCCAACAGAACAGACAUAUUGAAAAUUAUAAUAAAUGUUACAAGUCUACUAUAUGUUUUAUAAUCGAAGUCAUUAUUUUUACAUAAUUAUAAACUUAAUUAUUUUAGUAGAGCCUUUGUUAAAAUGCAACGUAUGAUUCUGCACUGUUGAAAAUAGUUUAAAACUUUUAAAUAAAAAAUAAAAGUUUUAGAGAAAUAAAUAUCUUCACCAUCUGAAAGCUGCGGUAAUUAGUGAGUUAUUGAUUGCCCGUCGAACUUUAUCAGAUGUACUGUGAUUUUUGAUAACACCAGUCGAAAGAAGUUUAACUAAAUCACCCUAUAAUAGUUUAACAUUUCAAUGGAUUUAUACAUACAUUUGAUGCAAACAAAAUGUUAGGAUCUAUGGAGACUUAGCCGGAAGUGAGUCUGGACUCUAUAUUACAAUUUUACAAAAUGACCGUAAUCUCAAUGCUUCCGAAUGAUACGACGCCAUUCUUGCCGCCAAAAGUAACUGAUGUACCAAAAGAUGUCCUGCGAAACUUCCCGCAUUCUAAAAAGGUUGGAAAUUACCUUCUUGGAAAUACGCUUGGAGAAGGGUCAUUUGCGAAAGUCAAAGAGGCUCUCCAUAUUCCUACAGGAGAACGGGUUGCAGUCAAAAUUAUAGACAAGAAGAAAAGUCGGGAAGAUUCAUAUGUUCGUAAAAAUUUACGAAGAGAAGGAAAAAUAUUGCAGAUGAUACGUCAUUCAAAUAUUCUACACUUGCUAGAGAUUAUGGAGACACAAAAUAGUUAUUAUUUAGUUACUGAACUAUGUCGGGGCGGUGAUUUGAUGGACUAUAUUUCACAGAAGAGAAAACUGCCGGAAAAUGAAGUAAAGAAAUACAUCCGCCAAAUAGUUUCUGCUGUGGACUAUUUGCAUAGAUUGGGAAUAUUACAUAGAGAUUUAAAAAUAGAGAAUUUACUUUUGGAUGAGUUUAAAGAUAUGAAAAUAAUUGAUUUUGGACUAAGUAAUAGUGUAAAGGUAGUGGAGACUAAAGACGGGCCUAGAGUUCAGGAGUACUGUGUCACACAAUGUGGGAGCCCUGCGUAUGCGGCACCGGAACUCCUUGGUCGUAAAAAGUACGGACCUCAAGUUGACAUAUGGAGCAUUGGUGUAAACAUGUACGCCAUGUUGACGGGGAAUCUGCCGUUUACUGUAGAGCCUUUUAACAUUAAAGCUUUACACAACAAAAUGAUAUCUGGCCAAAUGAACCCGCUUCCAGAUGGUGUGUCAAAAGACUGUCGAGACAUUAUCAAGAAAUUACUAAAUCCCGAUCCAGACAGAAGAAUAACCAUGGAUGAAAUUUUGAAACAUCCCUGGGUCGCUGAAGGUCCCAGUAUACCAUUACCAAGAGCAACAUGUCCAAAUAAAAUGAGGACCGAUUCCCUGGACAACAGUAUUUUGAAACAUAUGAGUGAAAAUCAGGGUUUUCGGAUGGGUGAGAUUAUACGAUAUGUGACCGGAAAUGUGCCGAGUAGCGCCACUGCUAUGUAUUACCUAAUAAACCGGAAGUUAACAAAGCAUCUAGGAAACCUGAGGGCUUCCGGCAAAAUACCAGCGGAUCAUCGAAUAUUACAUAGAACACAGUUAUUAAGUGAUCCUGUAAGAGGAAAUCAAAAGUCGUACACGACCCAGCAGAUUUCGCGUCACUUGGCAAAUCACACUUCCAAUUCUGUGAAGAAUUCUGUACACAUACAACAACGAGCACGAGAAACUAACGGCAACGCUGUCGAUGUUAAUGAUAAUAAUGACGAUAAUUCAAAAGAUGCUGAUGAUGAAAAAUCAGGUUAUUUGAAAUCGUGGAGGAAGAGAAGAAAAAUUCUUGUUAAAAAACAAGAUGGACAAUUUACUGAUAUCUCACAUUCUAAGGGCACAAACGGAUACGUGAGGAUUCAAAGGGCGAAUUCUCCCGUAAAAGCUAAAAAGGAACUAACAAGUGAUACGCCACAACCGACACAUCUCCCCCGUGUUGCGAACAAGUAUGUGCUUGGUAACCGUAAAGUUAUGUCGCCAAAUGUGCUCCCGAACACACAAGAUGUAAAGCCUGAUCAAAAUGUUACAAAGCCGAAGACUGAGCAAAAACAAGAUGAGAACACCUCUAAACAUAACGGGAAAUUAUCGGCUUCAGAAACAACGGACAUCGAUGAAGAGGAAUUCCGGCCUCGAGCCUCAACAUUUCCCGGUAAAGUUCAAAGACCAGUGACUACAAUUCAAAAACUAAUGACCGAACGGGGUGGUAUUGAUCAAAGUGAUAGAUCAGAGGGACCCGUGAAAACACGUGUUUACAGAACAAAAACCGACCCUUCCAGUAACUCUAAGAAAGAAAUCAUGGAUAAUAGGUUAAGUUCACCCGUAUGUCGACGAGAAAGUCCUUUUCAGAAAGAAGGAUUUCGAUCACCAACACCUAGACAUACGGGAAACCCUCCAAUUUUGCUCCAAUAUAGAAAAAAUCCUGCUGCCCAAAGGCGGGAAACUUCAAAAGACUCCAUUCAAGAAGAAGAUAUCAGUAUUUCGUCUGGAAAACAUAUAUUAUCUCGUCCAUCUAGAACAAACAAGUUUUAUAGAAUAUCAACCGGAAAUCAUACAGCACGUGAUGACACGGUUGUAAAUGAACAAGUUACAGAAAUAUCGUCUGCUCAACCUAAUAGUGCAAGAAACGCUACUGUUAACUUCCGGUCUGCGACCCCCGUUUUGCCGUCAUUAUCUGUCAAUACAGAAAAUGGUAAACGUAAUCAAUAAUUAUAGGAUGUUAACGCCUUAAGUUCUAAAUAUUGCUUUAAAACAUCGCGUGUUAUGUUUGCGUUAACAACACUGGAAAAAAUCACCGGGGAUGAAACGAAUAAUGUCAUGUUUUCUCGUACAACAAAAAAUAUUGAACAAGUUUCUGUUGUGACUUGAUUUCAUAAAAAAUUAAUUCAAAGUGUGGAGACUUUUAUAUCAAGUUAUCUCGCAGUUAACGUUCUUGCAUAAAGAAAAGAAAAAUUAUAUGCGGACACAGUAUUAUAUUUGAAAAAAAAAACAUUGCAAAUAUCUUUUAGUAUAAAGAUUCCCUUCAUUACCUCACAAGGUUUGUCCCAAAAGUUCGUAUCAUAGUUCUAUACAACAAAAACAGAUCAUCAUAGCUUUUUCAAAUCUAUGCCUUUGUAAAUUCAAUAUAUUACCACUUUACUUGCAAGAUUUUAUUCAUACAGGUUUGCAAAUAAAAAAUAUUUGAAACUUUGAAGUACGCUCGUAUAUAGGUAGCGGCGCAAGACAGUCAUAUCGACGUCAGCGUGAUUUCAUGAAAUUCUUACCCGACAAGCAGGCUGUAAUAUCAUUGAAUUCCUCCCUUGCUAUUUGACAAGCAUGGACACCAAACGUAACGAAUCCGUCCGGAUUCCUAGAAUGCCAAUUUUCUGUAUGCAGAACUAUUACUGAUUCAUAAUCUGUCCGGUAUGCAACACAUUUUCGCUGUGUUGGUCUUCCCGCUUGGAAAAAUCCUGCAAAACUCAUUUACACUUUUCAUAUAACUCCCAUGACAUCAUUCCAUUUGCUUUAUUAACAUUUUGACUGUUUCACUUGAUGGGAUUUAAAGAUACACGCAUAACUUACGGUCGGUGGCAAAAUUAUUCUAGGAGCUUGUAUUUUAUUCAUUGUACAUUGAAAAUAAGAACACGUUUUGUCAACGAAAAUCGUCAAAUUUUGAUCGUCGACGGCUGGCUAAAUUUCAUUUUUUU